AUGUCUCAUAUCAAUAAGAAACGGAAGCAUGAAGGAAGCCGCACUUCUCCCUCCCACAAAUUUCGCGACGGUCCCAACUCCAACUCCAGGCAGUCUCCUGCCAUUCCCACGCCGCUGGUCCAAGAUGGACUGCUUCCGCCGCUACCCUCUAUUGGGGAUCAGUACAGAGGCGAUGUCUUCACCCACCCCAGCUCGGCCGGCUCUAGCCACGCCAGCUACGACCGACUGGAGUUUCUGGGAGAUGCAUAUCUCGAACUAAUCGCUUCGCAACUGAUCUUUGAGCGUCUGCCCGAUCUUUCGGCAGGACGCAUGUCACAAGUGCGAGAAUCGAUUGUCAAGAACGAAACCAUCGGUCAAUACUCGGUUCUCUAUGGCCUGGACCGACAGCUCAAAGACUCCAAUCGUCUCCGCAAUGAGUCCCCUAAUGCCUGGCUCAAGAUCAAAGGAGACGUCUUCGAGGCCUACGUCGCAGCAGUAGUCCUGUCGCAUGCAGAUGGAUUCUCCGUCGCCAAAAAGUGGCUGACCCAGCUGUGGGAGCCCAAACUCGAAGCGGUCUCGGCCAAACCAGCACCCUCGACCAAGAGUAAGGAGGAACUUGCCAGGAAGAUUCUCGGAAAAGAUGUCAAGGUCAUCUAUACUGACGAGCGAGAACCCGUCAUUCAUUACGGUCAAGGAACGGAGACCUACUCUAUCGGGGUGUAUCUGACGGGAUGGGGCUGGGAGAAUCAGUAUCUGGGCAGUGGGAAAGGAUUGAGCAGAGUCGCAGCAGGCCAAGCAGCAGCCGCGGCAGCGCUGGAGAACCACCCACUCAUUGAUGAAAUAGUGGCCAAGAGAGCUGCCUUUUACGCAGCAAAGAAAAAUCAAAAUGGCGCUGCACAGGCCCAGCAAGACGCGGAGAAGUAA